AUGAAGCCUUCGACCUUCACCAAAUUUUACUUACACGCGCUUGCCGUUGAUCAUGUUGACAUUUACAUCGCUCUGUCUGAUGUUUUUGGCCACAAGCAUCCGUACGCUGCUGCCGCCACCGUGUCGAAGCGACUAUUUGAGCAUAAAACCCUUAAGGCCAUCGGUCCUGACAUCAUAUACGCUACCGUUAUUGCUAAUGGCGCAGAGCAAGAGCAACAACAACAACACGAAAAUGAUAAGGAGCGGAGGGACAAAGAUGGUUAUAAACAGAAAAGCAAAAGUGAAAAAGGCUUGAUGAUGGUAAGGAUGAUGAGGGAUGAGGAUGGAAAAGGCUUGGAAGACAAGGUUGAGGUCAAUACGUCCGCUGAAACAAAGGAUCUUAAAUCUACUGAGCCACUGAUUGAUGAGAGGUCGCGAUCAGACGUCCAUGAUUAUGGGUCAUCUAGAGGAGAAGUUUCCGAGCAGAAACUUCUCUCUAAUACGGAUAGCGGGGGGUUACAAGCGCCAUUUUGGGUUCAAUGCCGAGGCGAAAAUGCCACAAACGACCAUCGCUGCGAACGAAAUACAGACAGUCCUUCUAAGCUGUGUGGUAUACACGACCCAGACGUUCCCAAAUGCUCUUUCGAAACGUGGGAAGGGGAUAGCUGCCGGAAUCCAAGGGUUCUCGGUGAACUUUUUGGAAUCCAUAGCCCUUUCGUUCUCAAAUGCUCUUCCAAAACGCAGGAAGGGGAUGACUGUCGAAACCUAAGGACCCAUGUCCUGACACGGUCAAAUGCAAGGCUAUUGCAAGAAGUACCGGGGUACGAUGCCGAAAUUUACCGAAACCGAGAAGAAACGGAUAUUGCAAGUACCAUUGACUCUCGUAGAUGCACUAGCUUUCUCCCCAGCCAUUAG